GACAUAUUUCCUCCUGACAGGACGCACGUUUGGUUCACUGUCACUGCCAGAAACGGCUUGUUCCGGAGUCGCUGAGCGUUUGGAUUAACUUGACACCCAACAGCAGCGACUCUCACCGUCAUUGUGCUGCAUUUGCCACGUUUUUGUUUUUAUUUAAUCCCGUUUUAACCGCCUUGCUCGUCAGUGUGUUGAACGCUGCUGCAGUUGUAGAGCAGCGCUGAGCAGAAGCUGGGGGUAAUGAGAGGAACUCAGCCUCUAGCAGCCUCCGAUGCAGCGUGUCCCGGGUUGAUGUCUCUGUCUACGGGCUUUCCAGCGUCUCCGCCCUCCGGUAGAGCCUCAUUAUCUACCGGAGCUGCAGUGGAUGACCCUGGCUCUCCUGCUGCCCACUGUGGACGGGAUGGUGUCUAUUCCACACCUCAAGACAAACCAGUACUCGCUCCACCGUUGUUCAUCUUUCAGAGGAUGAUGGCUCCAGGGAAGAGGAGAGCCGAGGAAGAAGGACAUGGAGCUGGAGUAAACAAACGCGUCAGAUCCAUCACCUAUCCCUCCUUGCUCAGUCGGACCAGAAAAGGCCCCUACGAUGGCAUUAGGCGAGUGCGAUCAACUUCUCUAUCCUUCCCACCACCUUUACCUGUCUCAAGGUCGAACAUGUUUAUGCCUUCAAACUUGAACAACAUGAACAAGGUCUCCACUACCGCAGCGUCUCCUCAAGUUAAGGUGAAGCGGACAGUAUUAAAGCCGUCUCUCCUAAUAGCUCCUGGGCCCUGGAGCACCCAUGACGUGCCUCAUCUCAGACAGGUUACACUUAACACAGAUGAGGAAAUCUCCAGAGUUACUAUAGACUUCCCACCCUCAACCGACGUGCUGGAGCAGCGGACACUACCCCAGGACAGCAGAAGCCUCCUGGAAACAGAUUCAGCCAUCACUGGCCACAUCCAGUUUGUGUUUGGAGAGAAUAUGAGUGAGAGGGUUCUGAGUCCACAGAAGAGUCCGUGCAGUGAGGACAUGUCCGAUACAGACUGCAGCUCUACUGACUCAGAUUCGUCCAGUUCUGAGGCCUCUAAUAAAAUGACUGUCCGAAGUUCGCUGUGGGAGUCGGCAGCAGCUUACACUGCCGCAUGCAAGAGGCGCUGCUUACUCAAGCGAGUCCGGGUCUUCACCGGAGAGGAAAAUGAGAGCAACGUUGUCCAGCUGACGUGUAAGCUGUUUGUUUUGGAGAGGGGAACACAGUCGUGGAGUGAGAGGGGGAGAGGGGUGUUAAGACUAAACGACUUGGAAACUGGAACUAAAGGCUGCUUGCAGUCUAGAAUGGUGAUGAGGCACCAGGGAAGUCUGAAAGUGAUCCUGAACACCAAGCUGUACCCGCACACGCACCUGCGGCGGCCGGCACGGAGGAACCUGCAGGUGACGGCCACGGAUUUGGAGAGCCACUCUGUGCGGGUGUUCCUGAUCCAGGCCAGCGCGCGGGACAUCGCUCGGUUGUAUGUGGCCAUCCACCACAGACUGGUGGCCCUGCGCUGCAGCCCCGCCAGCCUGACCGGAGAGAGUGCAGCGUUCCGGGACAGAGAGGGACACUGCAGCAGUGAGGAGGAAGAGGACGAAGAUGAAGAGAAGGCUGAGGAGGACACAGACUUUUACACUCACACGAUGUCUGGGACUUGUAAUUGGAGGCACAGUCAUUCCAGGUUCUGUCCAUGAUCACCCCACCACCCUGGUGCCUCAGGAUGACUCCUGUCCUGCCUUUGCUCUCUGCCAUUCCAGAGCACCUGUGAACCAUAGCCUUCUGUGCUCAGUCACAGAGCUGAAGACCAGCACAGGGACUUAGAACAACACAGAGGCAGCUGUUGGAGAGCAGCCUGUAAAGUGUAUCUUCAGUAUUAACCCCAAACAUUUGCCAAAGAACAAAAUGACUUCGUAUAAUGCUGUGAGAACUUCUCUUUUUCCUGUUCGAGGGACAAUAAAGGAGGGGCUUCAAGUGUCUUGAAAGUGAUAUUUUGUCCAUUGGAUCUUAAGCUCACACUAUGCAUUCACAAGCUCAGAGACCAUUUCAGAAAACUGUGAAGAUGUCGGGAAUAUCCGUGUCAUGAGAUAUCUAUGCUACUGGGACGAUUUUGUGGAAUUCAAAUGGACUUUUUAAAUGUUUUCUUUGUUUGGAAAAGGGUUUAAUUGCCUACACAUUCUUUUCUACACAGCUGUGGCCUACUACAGUUUGAAAGGCCCACUACAGUUUGGAAGGCCCACUACAGUUACAGUUUGAAGAUUAUAGGUAAUUUGCUACACUGUUUAUUUAUAACAUUACAGUACUUCACUCUUAUAACAGUGGAUUUCUGCUCUACCUCAUGAAUGUUAUUGUACAAUGUCAGGUCUUCUGCACUGAAUUUUGGUUUCAAGUGUCACAAGAAAAGUAAUUGACUGGAAUCAGUUUUGACUUUUUGUCUUGUGUGUCAAAAGAAGGUUGGAGAACGAUUGUUUCUUAAAAUGUAAAUUCAGCGAGUCAGACUAGUCUCAUAUUUCUUUAAAUAUCUGAGAAUUUUUUGGGGGUAAAUCUGCUAAAAUAAAGAAAUAACACAUUUGCUGUUGAUAACUUUUAAGGGCUAAAACAAAAAAUUAUUAUAUAUUUUUUAUAUCAUAAUUUCUGUCUGAAAUGCAAUAAAUAGCUCAUAAAAAUAUA